AUGCUUCGACACCAUGGCAGCAGUUUAGCCUAUUCACCGAAUUUUCAACGAUUGUAUACGGUUCGGUUUGUACCGUUAUUUCUUCAUGUCGUAUUGUUAAUUCUUAUUCUUGUUUUUCGCAACGAUUUAAUACCGACUUGUGGAGAUAGCAGUUCCAACUCGUCAAGAGACAAAUGUGUUUGGUCGGAUGCAUGGACUGGCACGUCACUUGGCUUGGUUGCUAUUGAAAUGAUUUUAUCGUUGUCUGGCUUAUCAAUUUUUCGAUCCUAUGCCGUGUUUUUCUCGAUUGUAUUCCAUUCUGCAGCAUCGGUUCUCUUAAGCGCAUAUUUUAUGUCGGAUAUGAGUAUCAAUACGGGUUUGCCCUAUUUAUUAUUCUUUUGUACUUUUUUGCCACUGAUCGUUGAAAUCAUCAGUUGGAUUGAAUUGUUUGCGUUCAACAAGAAAGUGUAA